UAAUGCGUGUAAGACCAUCUUUCUCUCUUUUCCUCUCAGAUGAUUUUCAGCUUGUUAUUCCUCAAACAUCUCAAGAAGCACAGAUUUAUAUGGGGUCUAAAAUCAUUGUUACUUGUCACUUGACUCCUGAAAUCUGUGCCAUUGCCAUGCAGAUCAAAUGGUUUAAGGAGACAGAUUGUGUUUGCAUCUACAAGAACGGACAUGUGAUUGAGGGGAGAAACUACAAAGACAAAGCGAGUCUCGACACUCAUGUACUGCAGAGAGGAAAUGUGUCCUUACAUCUAAAUAAUUUCAGUGUCUCAGAUGUUGGUGAUUACUAUUGUCAGGUCAUCAGUGGAGACAGAACACAGCAGAUUACAGUAGGAGUGAGGAUAAAACCUGAAGUCCAACCUGUAAGUCAGUCGCCAACAUUUCAAGGCCAAUCUAUUCAGCUAAUACUGUUUGAGAUAGAUAAAAUAUGGACUGAAGAGGAGACAAUUGAAAUGGAUGAAUCUGCUUUAAUGUCAGAAAUGAAAGUGAACAAUAUGCAGCAGCUUCAUCAAAUGAUGAUCAGGGCUUACAGAGAAGGUUAUCUCAAUUGGAGUUGAGAGAGACCAGAAUGGACUUGGACAGAGUCUUAAGACUCAACCCUCAUUCUCAGUUGUUGGACAGAGACAAAUAAUAAUAAAAAAAAUGUAAUAGCUACCUAUAACAUACAAAUGUCAGGUUGAUGCUUAAUGCCUUAUCUUAAUUUCAUGAAAUGUAUUGCAAUCAAUAUUUCAGAUUUUUUUAAAACUCCAAAAAUACAUAUACAUUAUGGCAUGACAUCAUGAAGAAGAUAAGUGUAAUUACAUUGAAUUUACACUGUACUUAAUGUAUAUUUGUAACC